AAUGCAAAAUUAAAUUAGUUUAGUGCGCUCAGACAUUCUUUUGAUUUAUUUCAAAUUUUUCAUUGUAAGUUAUAUUUGUUAUUUAUAAACUAUGUUUUUACGUGAAAUGUAAUGAAUUUGAAACGUUCGCAGUGUGAAGUGCAGGUUAAAGUGUGGACAAAGUUUGAAAUUUUAUGAAUGAAAAUAAACUGUAGCUAUAAAACGCAGGUGAAGGCAGGAAGCCAAGCAGCAACGGCCACUAACAACGGGUGUGGGGCUUAGCUGUGCAACAACAAAAAGAUUUGUUGCUUUUUGGAUAAGAGCGGGGUGUGUGCGCAUUGGGCAGAGGUAAAUAAUAAAGUCAACAAACUGAGACGGGAAAUUCACAUCGUUCGUAGAGGAAUUUCACGAAUUUUCACCUAUCAUUGUAGCACAUAGUGGCAGUGAAUACGGCGCAAGUACACAAAGUGCGACAAAAUGUUCUCAAAGAAGAAGAAGAAACCUUUGAUUUCUAUGCCUAGUAAUUUUGAGCAUCGCGUGCACACGGGAUUCGACAAACGCGAGGGGCGUUAUGUCGGUUUACCGCUACAAUGGGCAUCCAUCGUUGGCAAUAAUCAAAUACUUAAAUCAACAAAUAGGCCACUACCUUUAGUCGAUCCGUCUGAAAUAACUCCAACCGAAAUACUUGACUUGAAAACAAUUGUGCGACCGCAUCACAACAACAACAAAGCGGAUACGACCUCAUUAAAUAGUAGCAUUGCCCCGAACGCCAGCGCAGCAUUGGGACACCAUCAAACAGCGCAUGCGCACUACUUUAUCGAGCAUAAUAAUGCCGCAACUACGGCUGGGGCGGCAACAGGUGGUAUUGGCCCAAAUACAGGUGGUAUUGUGCUACCGAAAACGUCACAUGUAGCCCGCUCUAAUUCGUUGCGCAGCUCUAGCCCACCGCGUGUGCGGCGCGAUUUGCGAGGUAACGCCAAUGUACCACCGGCCGUACCAGAAGAAAGUGCAUCGAUAACAGCUCCCACACCCGUGCCUGGCCAAACAUUACCAUACAGUGGCUACAAACCACCACCCCUUAGCGGCGGUGUGAUGGGUGCCAGUAUUGGCGCUAAUGCAUCAAUAGGUGCCACAACAGCUUACCUGCAACAGUCAGCACAUGGCAUUUACUCACAAAAUGCUGGUCAGUACAGCACGCAGAAUGGCGUCGGUCAUGGGCCACUCGCUGUACGUACGGAUUUCACAUUAGGUCAGCAACAACAUCAGCCCGCACAGCCACAGCCAUCGCUCAGUGGUACGCCUAUGGUUAGUGCCCCGCAUUACCGGCCGGCACCACCCUCACACCAUCUAGGUGGCAGUGGACAACCGCAACAGACGUCGCCGGUGGGUUCAGUGGCUAGCGGGACACGUUCCACUCACUCACAUGCUUCCUCGGCACAUACGCACCCACACAGCAAUUUAAACAACAAUAACGGGGGUAGUGGCUUCACGGCUUAUCAACCCGGAGGUAUGGAAUCUGUCCAACAUGCUGCAAAGCAUUUAGGCACCAGCGGAGAUCAAAAUCAAAACCCACACCACACUCAUCCGCAUUUACAUGCGAAGUCGGCGUCGCGUGCUUCGAGCUCAAGUGGUGGCGCCAGCGGCGUGGGAGGUAGUACAGUGGCAGGAGGAGUUAGCGCUAUGCCGCCACCUAAACAGGAGCAGAGGCUGACACACGAACAGUUCCGCGCUGCUUUGCAAAUGGUUGUUUCAGCCGGAGAUCCCCGUGAGAACCUAGACAACUUCAUGAAAAUUGGUGAAGGAUCAACAGGCACCGUAUGCAUUGCCACUGACAAGUCAACAGGUCGUCAGGUGGCCGUUAAGAAAAUGGAUCUGCGCAAACAACAACGGCGAGAAUUGCUUUUCAACGAAGUGGUCAUUAUGCGUGACUACCACCAUCCCAACAUCGUGGAGACCUACUCCAGUUUUUUAGUAAACGAUGAACUAUGGGUUGUCAUGGAAUAUUUGGAGGGCGGCGCUCUCACCGACAUCGUCACACAUUCACGCAUGGAUGAGGAACAAAUCGCCACCGUGUGCAAGCAAUGUCUCAAAGCAUUAGCCUAUUUACAUUCGCAGGGUGUCAUUCAUCGCGACAUCAAAUCCGAUUCUAUUCUAUUAGCCGCCGAUGGCCGUGUGAAGCUAUCAGAUUUCGGCUUUUGUGCGCAAGUUUCACAAGAGCUGCCGAAACGUAAGUCACUCGUUGGCACGCCAUAUUGGAUGUCACCCGAGGUAAUAUCGCGUUUGCCAUACGGUCCCGAAGUGGAUAUCUGGUCACUCGGUAUUAUGGUUAUCGAGAUGGUGGACGGUGAGCCACCCUUCUUUAAUGAACCGCCACUGCAAGCAAUGCGUCGCAUACGCGAUAUGCAGCCCCCGAAUUUAAAGAAUGCCCACAAAGUAUCACCACGACUACAGUCUUUCUUGGAUCGUAUGCUGGUGCGUGACCCGGCGCAGCGUGCCACUGCCGCCGAACUAUUGGCGCAUCCAUUCUUACGACAAGCGGGGCCACCGUCGCUGUUAGUGCCGCUAAUGCGGAACACAAGGCAGCAUUGAAGAAAAGUGAAUAACUAAAACCCGAAUAAAAUCGAAUAUACGCAAGUAAAUUUUAAUUUAGUUAGCGAUGCGCUUCGUCAUCUAUUUACACACACUCACACAAAUUCAUUCACUCGCAGCUAUACAUAUCCUACAUAUGUAUGUAGGGCAUCACGCAGUAACAUUUCGGCAACUAUAUAAGCCAUAAAAGAUUAAGUAUUACUUUAAAAAUGUCUGAAUUUGAUCAAUUACCAUAUUGUAUGUAUUUUUAAUUUGGAAUAAUCGAGAUUCCAGUUUGUGUUUGCGUUUUUGAAUUUUGUUUUGCAGCCGUUAUAGUUAUGAGUCAUGCGCAUGAGCUAAACUUUGCUUUAUAGUUUAUGAAAUAAAAUGGUUUUGACAGGCUUAAUCGGCUUAACGUAAUUUUUGUAAAAUAAUUGCUAAGAUAACCACCUUUUCACGUGUAAAUCUUCUUUAUUAGCUGACUUUAAAAACUCAGCUCAGUUAUUAAAGGGAAUUAUAAAAACAAAUCCUUGGAGCGGAGUACAUAAGCAGCAGAUACUUAAAUUCGCGAAAUGGAAUAUAUAUACAUUUUUCAGUUAUUUAAAAAAGUGAGAGAAGAUUUAAUAAGAGUUAAAUUAAAACUAAAAGUUUAAGAAGUUUUUAGCAACUCGGAAAAUUGAAAGGUCCAAAUGAACGGUAUUUGAAAAAAAAAUGGCUUUAUAAUGAUAAAUUUAAAAAAUAAGGAUUAUCGAAAGCGAAUAAGUAAAAAAGAUGAUUUGAAAAACUUUAAAAAGGCAUUGCCGAUUCCGGUUCAUCAUCCGAUAUCUCAAAAACUAACUAAGAAUAAUUUUUAUUGAUAAUUUUCAUUUUGUCAUGUUCUAAACACUACGAAGACAGAAGGCCUGAAGAAUGUUUCUCCAAUCCUGUUUAAGACUUAAAUUUAAAAAAAUAUAUGUACAUAUAUUAUAUAUAUUUUCGAAUUUUUCUGGUUUUUCCAACUACGAAGGAAAACAAUUUCAAAAAAAUAUAUUUUGUGCAUUUACGAGUAUUUUAGGUUUUCUAAAAUUAUCUGAUAAAAAGAACUAACUUUCUCGAACAGAACAGGAAUUGAAUAAGAAUAAGAAGAAAGGAAUAAGAAAACGGAUAAACGCUUAACCGACAAUAUUGAGCUUAAAAACAGGUAAACAUAACCUCACACUUACUUAAAACUGAUUAAUACAUUUUUCAACUAAUUUUUUGUUGUUUUUCUUUCAAUUCUUGUGCACAUACAUAUGUGACAUUUUUGUAUUUUUCUCAGUUACUCACAAUUCCUAAUAUACACAAAAAUUAAAAACAAAAGACACUACCUGUUUCUAAAAUUGUCUAGAUUUUCUGCAGCGAUAGCUCUCUACUUCUCAUGCACUUUUUCAAAUUCCCAGUUAUUUUUGACGAUAGAAUAGGCAAAGCUAUACAUAACUGACUACAAUAUAUUUGCCUGCGCUUCUCGAAAAUUAAAGCAGCAGAAGUAGUUUUUAGUCACUAGUAAAAAAAAAGAACUAAGCGAAGCGUAAAGCAAAAAAAAAUUAUAAUUUGUUUUUGUACUUAUUUGAGUAAAUUUUGUAGUUAAUAAAACAAUGCCUUAAACAACUGUGACCUUCACAACAAAAUCAUUUAGUAAAUCAAGCAAACUAAAAAUCAUGAAAAAUUAUAACUAAAAUAUUUUUAAGAUAACAGAAAUAACACCCAUCUCACCACAACCAACAUUCCUGACAAUUUUGCUCAAUUUUUGGCCAAAAAUCUUAAGCAAAACAUUCCCUUUAGUAGAAAAAAAAUUAUACAACGGUUCAUUUUUAAUAAAAAAAAAGUAGUUUUGUUUAUUACAAAAGAUUAUUGUAUUGUAUUUUUGGUCUUAGGAAAUUAUUAUAUGUGUAGAUGUCUACUUUCGAGCAUUGUGUAUUCUUUAAGAGUACAUGAGCGGCGCACCUUUUGUUCCCGCAUAUCCGUCUAUUGCGUACGCGUAAUUUUAAGUGUUAAGUGCAUUUUGUAUAUCAUUGAUUGUUUUUUUUUAUAAAAUACACCUAUAACAUUAUAUAUAUCUAAUCACAUAAACGUACAUACAAAAUAUAUGUUUAUAAAAUAUACAUACAUACGUAUACAUCGAAUAAAUAUGGCGUAGAUUUUAGUUUCAGUAAA